AUGGUCUCUCUGAAGUUACAGGCUCGCUUGGCCGCGGACAUUCUCCGCUGUGGCCGCAACCGUGUGUGGCUUGACCCCAAUGAGGCGACGGAGAUCCGCAACGCCAACUCCCGCAAGAGCGUGCGCAAGCUCAUCAAGGAAGGUCUUGUGAUGUGCAAGCCCGUGAAGGUGCACUCCCGCUCCCGCUGGCGCCGCAUGAAGGAGGCCAAGGCAAUGGGCCGCCACGAGGGCACUGGCCGCCGCGAGGGUACACGCGAGGCUCGCAUGCCAAGCAAGGAACUGUGGAUGCGCCGUCUCCGUAUUCUUCGCCGUCUUCUCCGCAAGUACCGUGAGGAGAAGAAGAUCGACCGCCACAUCUACCGUGAGCUUUACACCAAGGCCAAGGGUAACGUGUUCCGUAACAAGCGCAAUCUCAUGGAGCACAUCCACAAGGUGAAGAACGAGAAGAAGAAGGAGCGCCAGUUGGCUGAGCAGCUUGCCGCCAAGCGCAGCAAGGAUGAGCAGCACCGCCAGAAGGCUCGCAAGCAGGAGCUCAAGAAGCGCGAGAAGGACCGCGAACGUGCCCGCCGCGAUGAUGCCGCCGCUGCCGCUGCCGCUGCCGCCGCCGCUAAGGCGAGCGCUGCUGCAAAGAAGGCCGCUGCCCCUGUGGGCAAGAAGAGCGCCAAGGCCGCUGCCCCUGCAAAGGCCGCUGCUCCCGCUAAGGCUGCCGCACCAGCGAAGGCUGCUGCUCCCGCCAAGGCCGCCGCACCAGUGAAGGCUGCCGCUCCCGCUGCCAAGAAGGCUGGAGGCAAGAAGUGA